ACAUGGUCGCUUUUAGGGGAGAUGUCUGAAAAACUGAGAAGAUGCAGAAAGGAGCUGACUGCAGCCAUUGACCGGGCCUUUGAAGGACUCAGUCAUUCCCAGGAGUGCUCAGGCAUGCAGAGGCAGGAGCUGGACGCUGCGCCGCUUUCCUUCCCCUUCCCCAUGCACAGGCUCCUGUGCAGGAGGCACCCACUGGCAGCCUGCUCCUCUGUGACUCCUUUCUCUCCUGUCCCGUUUGCUCCUGGGAAUGAGAGCCCUGCCUUUGCACCAAACCACGAACCCGUGAGUGCAAAGACACGUGCUCUAUGCCCCAAAAGAAAACCUCUGACCAGCAAGGAAAACAUAUCGAUGCAUUCCUCGAUUUUGGCACCUGAAAGACAGUUUUGGAGAGCGGCAGGAGAUGGGGAGAACUGGAGAAAAGACAGUCUAAGGAAAGAUAUGGAGAAAGAUUUGAAGGUUGAGUCAAACAUGCCACUCAGCAGUUCUAGCCAAGAGGUCACAAAGGAUUUGCUUGACAUGAUCGACCAUACAGGCAUCCAAACUAUUGAAGAAUUGGCUGGAAAACUAGAAUUUGAAAAUGAGUUGAAUCGUGUGUGUGGUUGCUGUGAAGAUUCGCCCUUCAAGGCGGAAGCCUGGGCCCUGCUUGUGGACGAGAGCCCUCAGGAAGCCUCGGAUGCAGACCCUGGCGGCCUCAAGCAGGCUUUCUAUGAUCACAAUAUCGUGGAGACUGUUCUGGACUUGGAAGAGGACUACAAUUUGCUGACCUCUUUUAAAUACCGAAUUGAGUAA